AUGCAGCUCAUCAACUUUAUCUUCAUUACUGCCAUGACCAUUACAUCGGUUAAUGCUGGCUGCAUGAUUGCAGGGAGCUACGAUCCCAAUUGCUGCUGGGGCGGUAAAGAUAACGUAGAUGCCUGUAACAGGCAAGGCGCUUGCAACGUUGCCGGCGACACAGAAAAUUACUGUGCCAAGUUUGGAAUCACCCCGCAGCAGUGUGAUGCCGAUUGUUGCGACACACGCACCAAGAAAGGCAAGCCUUGUCCUAAGGGGAGGAAUGCUUGUGACCGCAAAACGGGCUGCCCUAACAGGUAG